AUGCUCACAGUCAAAGCAAUCAUUGUUGCUACCUUGAUUUCAUCUGUUGCUGCAGGACCAUGGGGACCGAUAUGUGCUGGGAAUCCUAGGAACAAAGUAAGGGGCUGUGACAAAUUUGGCUGUGGAUAUUAUGGAGCUCCAAGAGAAAUAAAGCACCUGGGAGUGGACGUAAUAUGCAGAGACGGAUCAACAGUGUAUGCACCUUUUAGUGGCACAAUUGGGGGACGAGUUAACCCCUAUCCAAAGAAUAAUGCCAUUAAUAAUGGCCUCCUCCUCCGUGGAUCAGGUUUCUGCAUACAUAUGUUCUACAUCAGGCCAGUUAGAUACAGUGGUCGGAUCAACAAGGGACAAAAAAUUGGAGUAAUGCUGCCAAUGCAAAGAGUAUAUCGUGGUUCAAAUGUUUCUUUUGGGCCAGAGAUCACCUGGCAAAUUAUACACGAAGAAAACAAAGUAGUUUUGGAGAUUUCAGUGUGUAAUGGAGCAUGGGUGUGA